GAGGUCGGCGUGACCGGUAAAUAUGGCACACGUUACGGUGCAUCCCUCCGAAAGCAGGUGAAGAAGAUGGAAAUCACCCAGCACGCCCGAUACACCUGCUCGUUCUGCGGCAAGAACUCGGUCAAGCGACAUUCGGUCGGCAUCUGGUCAUGCAAGUCAUGCAAGAAGACCGUCGCCGGAGGCGCAUGGACUGUCUCGACUCCUGCCGCUGCUGCGACCCGGUCCACGAUCCGUCGGUUACGCGAAAUCGCUGAGGUUUAG